CACACAUCGCGUUUGUCUGCUAGUAUCGGAGCAAAAUGGCGGUGUGGAGCAACAUUUUGCGUACUGCAGGCCGAAAAUUACUGCAGAACGGUGGUUUUAGCACGGGACUAUUAAAAAACGGACAAGUAAGAUGUAUGUCAGGAGAUCGUGUUAUGAACAUACAGCCGACCCGCUUUCAAUGGCACAAAACAAAGGAUUAUUUCCAUUUUUAUUUUCUACUGGGUGUUAUUCCUGUCGGCAUUGGAAUCACCCUAGUCAAUGUGUUCAUCGGUCCUGCAACACUCGAAGAAAUCCCUGAGGGCUAUGUACCAAAAGAAUGGGAGUAUCAUCAACAUCCCAUUAAGAGAUUCCUGGCACGUUACUUCUUCCCCUCACCACAGCAGGAAUAUGAAAAGUAUCUGCAUCAUAUAUAUCAUGAGAAUGAAGUUAGGAAAGUCAGAAUGCUGGAGCAGAGAGUGAAUGCCGCGAUGGGCGAACAUCGCGAUUACAGAAGUAGUCCUUACUUUAGAGAAAUCUACGGCGCCAAGUAUCUGCAUAAAUACAGAAAAUCUAUGGACAAAAAGGCCGAGUUGGGCGAUGAAUAAAAUCAAUCAUUUUGCUUAUAACGAUUGUUUUUCAUUGAAACGUAUUGAAGGAGCUGCAGAAGCUACUCGAUCAGGUAUAGAUAUGUAGAUCACAUAUUCUAAGAUACCAUUCAUUCAUAUUGCAGAGUAUAAACCUUGCAAUGUUAAAUCUCUGCCAUUAGGUAUAUUGCAAUGUACAGUUACUAUAUAGUACACAAAAUAAAGUGUUGAUCUAAAACUUCCUUGAAGGAAAAUAUAA